CACGUCUUCCGCUUUUUGAGGUCUUGAAUCUCGUUGAGCUCUCCAUGGACCAACCCGUUCGCGAGAUUUAGUAAAGCCUGCAAAUCACAAGUACAAUACAUCUCUUUCUCUUUCUCUUUCUUCCACCUCGCUUUCACCGUAAGUCACGUACAUAAUCAGGUAUUUAUUAUUUAAUUGACACUUUUUCUUCUUCACUUCUUCAACGUUCCAAAUUCUCCAGGCUGCGUUUCUGCUGAAACUUCAACAAUUCCCCUUUCUGUAACUAUUAAUGUUUGAUACCCAAAAUGGAUUUUCUACUUAUCCCCAUUUUCUCUCGGGGGCCUUGAGUCUUUCGCUUCCUUUGUUAAUAAAUGGUUUUGCAAUCUACUUUUGUUUUCGCUUCUCACCUUUGCGUCUGCCCAUGUACAAACCUCACUCAUAGUUUCCCUUCAAGGACGAGGAGGAGGAAGAGACUCGCCUUUCAUUUUUCUCCCAAAACACUCCGGUUAAUCGCUUCUGCCAUCCCUAAACACCCUCGGCAUCGAAAUUUGAAUCCAGAUUUUGCUCAUUCCUCCACAAGGGGCGCCGCUAACUUCCUGGCUACGCGAUUUUCCAAUGAAUUGGAUGGUGAAGAUUUGUCUCAGGAAUCAUCUCUCCAAAUUGGCUCCAAUUUCUCCAAUUUCCAUGAAGAUCCCAUUGUCGAUAAGCUCAGGACUCAGUUAGGAGUCAUUCAUCCUAUCCCAUCGCCGCCGAUUAACCGAGGCAUAGUCAGCCUCUUCGUUUUCUUCUUCUUCGUCGGUGUCGCCUUCGAUAAGCUAUGGACCUCUCGGAAGAGAAGCAAAAUCGGAGGUAUGGAAGCGCGGAGAGGAGGAGCGGCUCAGUGGCCGCAGGUGCCUACUAGCUUCUCCUUGUUCCUCGAGAAGGAUUUGCUCAGGAAGGAGUCGGUGGAGUGGGUGAACAUGGUGUUAGGUAAGUUGUGGAAAGUAUACCGAGCCGGGAUCGAGAAUUGGAUUAUUGGUUUGUUGCAGCCGGUCAUCGAUAACUUGAAGAAGCCUGAGUAUGUGAGCAGAGUUGAAAUCAAGCAGUUCUCUCUCGGAGACGAGCCAUUGUCCGUUCGAAACGUUGAGCGCAGAACUUCACGUCGCGUCAACGAUUUACAGUAUCAAAUAGGUCUUCGUUAUACUGGGGGAGCUCGAAUGUUGUUAAUGCUCUCCCUAAAAUUUGGCAUUAUCCCAAUUGUUGUGCCAGUUGGUGUUAGAGACUUUGACAUUGACGGAGAACUUUGGGUUAAAUUACGAUUAAUACCUACGGAACCUUGGGUGGGAGCCGUCUCAUGGGCCUUUGUUUCACUUCCGAAGAUCAAGUUUGAGUUGUCACCAUUUCGCUUGUUUAACUUAAUGGCAAUUCCUGUUCUCUCAAUGUUUUUGACUAAACUUCUCACAGAGGAUUUGCCAAAAUUGUUUGUCCGUCCAAAGAAGAUAGUUUUGGAUUUUCAAAAAGGAAAAGCUGUUGGCCCUGUUAGAAGUGAUUUCAAAUCAGGAGAGAUGCAGGAAGGAAACAAAGAUUUUGUUGGAGAACUGUCAGUUACUCUCGUAGAUGCGCGAAAGCUCUCAUAUGUUUUCUAUGGCAAAACAGAUCCAUAUGUUGUUCUAAGUUUGGGAGAUCAAGUUAUUCGGAGUAAAAAGAACAGUCAAACCACAGUAAUUGGUCCUCCUGGUGAGCCAAUCUGGAAUCAGGAUUUCCAUUUACUUGUUGCAAACCCCAGGAAACAGAAAUUAUACAUCCAAGUGAAGGACUCUCUUGGAUUCACAGAUUUGACAAUUGGCACGGGAGAGGUUGAUUUGGCAUUGCUCCAAGAUACGGUUCCAACUGACAGGAUUGUAAUCCUGCGAGGGGGUUGGGGAUUUUUCAGAAAUAGUUCUUCAGGAGAGAUACUACUUCGGCUGACAUACAAAGCAUAUGUUGAAGAUGAGGAAGAUGAUUGGAGUGAGGCAAAAUCCAUUGAUACUGAUGUGUCUGACGACGAGUUGUCUGACUCUGAUGAAUUAAAUGCAACUUAUAUGAAGAAUGAAAGAAUCUCUAUGAAUGAAACGGAUAAAGAGUCAUUUAUGGAUGUUCUGGCAGCUUUACUUGUUAGUGAGGAAUUUCAAGGAAUAGUUUCAUCUGAAGCAGGAAAUACCAAACUUUAUGAUGAUACCUCAACCAGAGUAUCAAUGUCAUCAAAAUCACGAAGUGUUGAUACUGAAUCUGUUGCCUCUAGUUCUGGCAAAGAUUCUGAAAGUUCUAAAGUUGCAGGACCCACAUUGUUGUGGCUUGGUAUUAUUACAAGUAUACUGGUGUUAAUUGCUAUCAAUAUGGGCGGUUCAAAUUUUUUCAACCCUUGAUAUGAUAGAGCUUCUUAGCAGCAAGUUUCAGUUACAUUCUUGAUUAUCAAGUUUCUUAACAUUUCAUUUGCAUCUCGGAGGUGGCUUCUCAACAGGUUUCAUCUUAUAUUUACUUUACUGUCUACCAUUAUGUAAAUUCGUGUUCGUUAGCAGAGUUUUCAAUUGGCGGCAGGAAAAUUUUGGGCAUCUUUCUGAGCCAUUGCAUUUACUUGUAUGUAUAUCUAUAUGACAACGAAAAUAACAAAAAUAAUUCUUUCCCAUGAGCUUCUUACAGAUUCUGUGGGUCUGGCAAGCGCCUCUUCUUC